AUGGUUGAAAGUGAAAGGUUAAAUUUCAUACGUGGUAAGCAGAAGAAUCUACGAUCCGAGACAUUUGAAAAUUUACAGAAGUAUAAGCACAAAGGUAAAGAAAAUUUAUCGAACACCGGUCAAAAGGUAAUUCUGCCUUCUUCCUUUACUGGAGGGGCUCGGUUCAUGCAACAAAACUACCUUGAUGCUAUGGCUUUAUGUAAAUGGUUUGGAUACCCAGAUUUUUUCAUAACCAUUACAUGCAAUCCUAAAUGGCCUGAAAUUUCAAGAUUUCUUAAAGAUACUUCAAUUAAACCAGAAGACAGACCAGAUAUACUAUGUCGAUUGUUCAAGAUGAAGUUGGAUUCAAUGAUUAAAGAUCUAAAGGAUAACAAUUUUUUUGGUGAAAUAAACGCAGUUGUUUAUACCGUUGAAUUUCAAAAACGUGGCCUACCUCAUGCACACAUUUGUUUAUUCAUGAAAGUCGAUCAUAAACUUCCCACAGUAGAUCAUAUAGAUCCUUUUAUUUCAGCUGAAAUUCCAGACAAAUCCGAGGAUCCGCAGUUAUACACACUUGUGUCUGAGUAUAUGAUCCACGGUCCUUGUGGGAAUGCUAACUUGAGCUGUCCUUGCAUGGUUGACAAAAGAUGUUCUAAACGAUUUCCUAAAAAGUUUUCUGCUCAAACUAUUAUUGACUCAAGUGGUUUUCCGGUUUAUCGAAGAAGAGAUUGUGGCCGUACUGUUAUAAAGAAAGGUGUUCAACUUGACAAUCGAAGUGUUGUACCGUAUAACAAAAGUCUAUUAAGACGAUACCAAGCUCAUAUUAACGUUGAAUGGUGUAACCAAGCAGGCUCCAUAAAGUACCUUUUCAAGUACAUUAACAAAGGUCCUGACCGGGCUACCGCCGUUGUGUUUUGCGAAGCUGAAGGGACUAGCAUUCAGAAACCAAAAGACGAAAUAAAAGAGUACUACGAUUGUAGAUACAUAUCUGCUUGUGAAGCUUCUUGGAGAAUUUUCUCCAACGAAGUGCAUUAUAGAUAUCCUGCUGUAAUGAGGCUUCCUUUUCAUUUACCUGGUCAGCAUAAUGUUGUAUAUGGUGCAGAUGAUGAUAUUGAAGAUGUCUUGAGCAAACCAUCUGUUGCUUCUUCGAUGUUUUUGAAAUGGUUUGAAUUAAAUCAACGUGAUGACGAAGCAUGUAAAUUGACCUAUGUCGAGUUCCCACAGAAGUAUGUUUGGAAUGUAAAAGAUAGACGCUGGCAAAUACGAAAAAGGUAUCAAACUGUUGGUAGAAUUCAUUCCGUUUCAAUUGCUGCUGGUGAACCUUAUUAUUUAAGGAUUCUACUAAACAAAGUCAGGGGUCCCAAAUCAUUUGAAGAUAUUCGAACAGUUAAUGGAGAGUUAUUCCCCACUUUUAAAGACGCAUGUUAUGCAAUGGGUCUUCUAGAUGAUGACAACGAAUAUGUUGAAGCAAUUAAAGAAGCAAGUUUUGAUGGUCAUUGUCGGUAUUUAAGAGCAUUAUUUGCCACAAUGCUGUUAACAAAUACUAUAACAAGACCUGAAUUUGUUUGGGAUAAAACGUGGCAUUUAUUAGGAGACGAUAUUUUGUACAGACGUCGGAAAGAGACACGUAUCCCUGAUUUAACGCUUCCUGAAGAUCAGCUGAAGAAUCAGAUUUUGUUUGAAAUUGAGAAUUAUUUAAUUUCAAAUGGUUCAUCUUUAAGUAAGUUUACUACAAUGCCUUAUCCUGAUCAUCAGUCUUUACGUCAAAUUACCAACCGUCUAAUCAACGAUGAAUUAUCCCAAGACACAAAUCAGUUGCAAACUGAGUUUUCUCGUAUGAAAGAAUGUCUAACUGAAGAGCAGUCGAAGGUUUUUAAUGAGAUUAUGCAUGCAAUCAAUAGCCAAAAUGGAGGGUUGUUUUUUGUAUAUGGUUAUGGUGGAACUGGAAAGACUUUUUUGUGGAAGACAUUGGCUUCUGCAAUUAGAUCUAAAGGACAGAUUGUGUUGAAUGUUGCAUCGAGUGGUAUUGCUUCGUUAUUGCUAUCUAAAGGAAGGACGGCACAUUCUAGGUUUAAAAUCCCCAUUAACUUGACAGAAGACUCCAUGUGCCACAUUAAGCCAAACGAUGAUGUUGCUGACCUACUAAAAGAGGCAAAGUUGAUUAUAUGGGACGAAGCCCCUAUGGUCCACAAGCAUGCUUUUGAGGCACUAGAUAGAACAAUGAAAGACGUUUUAUCGUCUUCUAUGGGUCACCAGUCUGAACUACCAUUUGGCGGUAAAGUUAUUGUUUUUGGUGGUGACUUUAGACAAAUCCUCCCGGUCAUUCCUAAUGGUACUAGACAACAAAUUGUCAAUGCAUCUUUAAGUUCUUCAUAUAUAUGGUCAGAAUGCAAGGUGUUAAAAUUAACAAAAAACAUGAGGUUGACAGUUGGAGCUCAAACAUCUAACGUUGAGUCUAUUGAGAAAUUUGCAAGAUGGCUACUUGAUAUUGGUGAAGGAAACGUUGGUUCGGAAAAUGAUGGUGAAGCAGUUAUAGAGAUACCGGAUGACUUAGUAAUCACUGAUUUGGACGAUCCAAUACAAAGUUUAAUCGACUUUGUGUAUCCUUCAAUUUUAGAAAAUUACAAAAAAUCUGGAUUCUUUUCUGAGAGAGCAAUUUUAGCACCAAAAAAUGAAGUUCAUGAAAUUAAUGAUCGUUUACUUUCGUUAUUUCCGGGUGAAGAAAAAGAGUAUUUGAGCUCUGACAGUAUCUGUCAAACUGAGCAAGUACUUGAUUCUUUCCAACAAGAUUUGUAUUCGGCUGAUAAUUUGAAUGCUCUCAAAAUAGCCGGGUUACCUAAUCAUAAGUUGGUUCUUAAAGUUGGUGUUCCGGUAAUGCUUCUUCGAAACAUUGAUCAACAAAGUGGUCUAUGUAAUGGAACUAGACUUCAAAUAACCUUUCUUGGUAAACGAGUUAUUGAAGCUGAAGUAAUAUCAGGUGGGAAUAUUGGUACUAGAGUUUAUAUUCCUAGGAUUUCAAUGAUUCCUUCUGACAAGAAGAUACCGUUUCAGUUUCAAAGAAGGCAAUUUCCGUUAUCAGUAUGUUUUGCUAUGACAAUUAACAAAAGUCAAGGGCAAUCUUUAUCAAGAGUUGGGCUAUAUUUAAAGGAUCCAGUUUUUAGUCAUGGCCAGUUGUACGUUGCUUUAUCGAGAGUGAAGACAAGAGAAGGUGUCAAAAUUUUAGCGUACGAUGUUGAUGGUAAACCUUCUAAGCAGACAUCAAACGUUGUUUACAAGGAGAUUUUUGGUAACUUGUGA